CCCUUCUUUCUUCUUUCAUCAUGGCCCUGCACAUGUUCGUCCGCUCACUGGGCACAUCUCAAUUCUUCCAGGGUCGCGGCGUGCUCACCCCUAGCCCUCUCUCCAUCUGUUUAACGGCGCUCGAUCAGAUCAUCAGCCCAUCAACCCAUUACAUCCACUAUCAGAUCAAUUGGCUCGCACGCAGCACGCCUCUUAAUGUUCUGAAGACAAACGACGCCCGCGGUCUACCUGACAUUCGGAGAACGAAUGCGGCCAUAAUGAUGCCACGUUGCGGGGCUUUCGGAGUGGUUGUCGGCCGCCGGUUCCCGAACUCGUACAUCGCACCGUGCGUGUACAACACAUUGAAGUCGGCAGUGACCCGGUGGUCCCCGGUCCAUUCGUCGGGCAGUGGGUCUCUCCCGGAAGCCGCUGUGUACAAAGACGGGGUAUAUGCUGGAUUCUUCCAUAACGUGACGCAUAGCGCGCCUCCAGGCAGCUUUUCCAUUUUAGUUUCCAUGUGGGACAAGCACCACGAUCCGUCAUGCCAGACGCCGUCUGCCAUGACGCCAUAA